AUGUUUUUCAGGUCGUUCAGCUUGAAGCUCAUAUUCCCCUCGCCAUUUUUCUACCUUGCAGGUGUGCAGGUCAGGAACGUUCUGGCCUCAUCCCAGCUCAUUCAGACUCAGCUAGCCACUGUUUGGAACCUGGCAGAUGUGGACAAGGACGGCCAGCUGACAGGGGAGGAGUUCAUCCUGGCUAUGCACCUGGUGGACAUGGCGAAGGCCGGACAGCCGCUGCCCCUCACGCUUCCCGGGGACCUGGUGCCCCCCUCCGUCAGUAUCUUUACAAAGAAUCACCUGAUUCACAUUGAAUUGCAGGAGGUCAAAGUUUCGUUCGAGGACAAGCUAAAGGAGAACUUCCAGCGGGGAAACGCUGAGCUGGAGAGGCGGCGGCAGGUCUUACAGGAGCAGGAGCGGCGCGAGCAAGAGAGGCGGGCCCAGAAGGCCCGGGAGGAGCAGGAGCGGCGUGAGCAGGAGGCGCGGGAGCAGGAGAGGAGGCGGCAACAGGAGCAGGAGCGGCGGCUGGAGAGGCAACGCGAGCUGGAAUGGCAGAAGGAGGAAGAGCGCUUAAAGGAGCUGGAACGCAAGGAGGAGCUGGAGCGUCAGAGGAAGAUGGAGUGGGAGUGGAGGAGGCGACAGGAGCUGCUGAAUCAGAGGAACCAAGAACAAGAGGACAUCAUCAAGCUUAAGGCCAAGAAGAGGAGCUUGGAGCUGGAGCUGGAGGCUGUGAGAGACAAGCACAAGCAGAUCUCUGACCGACUCAGGGACGUCCAGAGCAAGAGGAGCAUCCAGAAGGGAGAGCUGGAACUGAUCAGUCAGAAGCAGGACAGCUGCCUGCUGGAGGUCAACGCCCUGCAGCGGCAGCUUGAGGAGGGGCAGAGGAAACAUUCUCAGCUGAUUGUGGAGCAGUCAUUCUUGAAGUACUUAAAUGUCAUGGUGGCACAUGGGUGGUACAUGCUUCUUGUGCUUCUAAAAUGUCCGACACUUUCCUCCGUAAAGAGGGGCGUGACUGAGAAGGACAUCGUCUGUCGGAAACUCAAGGAGCAGCUGGAUGUGCUGGAGAAGGAUACCGUGGCAAAACUGUCGGAGAUGGACCAGUACAACGUGGACAUCAAGGAGCUCCGGGAAAGCCAGACCAAGCAGCAGCAGGUCCUGGACAGACUGCGGCAGGUCAAGGCCGACAAGCUAUGUGACCUGCAGCGGAGGCGAGAACUGGAGUUGGAGAGGAGGAAGAGAGAGGAGGAGGAGGCGGUCAGGCAAGCCAAGCUGGAGAAAGAGCGGCAGUGGCGUGUGAAGUUGGAGCGGGAGGAGGAGGAGCGGCGGAGGAGGAUCCAGGAGGAGCGGGAGAAGAGGGAGGAGGAGAAGAGGAUAGAGGAGGAGAGGCGGCGAGAGGAACAUAAAAGGGCGGAGGAGGAGAGGAGGCAGAAGGAAGAGGAGAGGAGGCGGCAAGAGGAGGAGCGGAGAAAGGUGGAGGCAGAGAGAAGGAAGCUAGAGCUGGAGAGGAAAAGACUGGAAGAAGAGAAAAAGAGAUUUGAGGAAGAGAGGAGGAGGCAGGAGGAAGAGAGAAGGAGGCAAGAGGAAGAGAACAGAAGGAAGAAGGAGGAGGAGCAGGAGCUGGAGAGGGAGGAGGAGGAGAGAAGACGUCAGCGGGCUCAGAUAGCUGCUGUCAGGGAUGCAGAGGAGCGGAGGAGACAGGAAGAGGAGCGGAGGAGACAGGAAGAGGAGCGGAGGAGACAGGAGGAGGAGCGGAGGAGGCUGGAGGAGGAGAAGAAGAGACAGGAAGAGGAGAGACGGCGAGAGGAGGACAGGAGGAGAAAGCAACAGGAGGAGGAGGCCGUGGCCAGACAGCGGGAGGAAGAGGCCCGGCAGCAAAAGCAGCAGCAGCAGCACAAUUUAGGCAAGACAGACAUUCAUGAGAAGCUGUCGGCCCUGAUCAGGGGCCUAGAGGAGCGAAAAGGGAAUUUGAGACCCGUCAAGUCAACACACAGGAAAUCGGCCUCCCUGACAACCUACAGAGCCCUGUACCCCUUCACAGCACGGAACGCGGACGAGCUCACCUUUGACACGGACAGCUUGAUUGAGGUGGACGAGAAGACGGAAGGCGAGCAGGGCUGGCUGUAUGGCAGCUACCAGGGCAAGAUGGGCUGGUUCCCUGAGAGCUACGUCGAGAAGCACAGCCAACCGGAAUCUGCGGCCAGCACCAAGCAGGCUCUGAUGCCCACAACUGCAUCUACCUCAGUCUCUGCAAGCAAGGCGGAGGCUAAUUCCAGUACCUUCCCAGCUACCUUCCCAGCAGGACAGAGCACUCCUGGGGGGGCAGGGCAGAACUCUGCCUUCACUCCCACCCACCCUCCAGGCUCUGCCUCUAUGGAGUAUGGACAGGUGGCAAGUGGCCUCCAGGUGCAAGCGCUGUGCUCCUGGACGGCCAAGACGGACAACCACCUGAACUUCUCCAAGGAUGACAUCAUCACGGUGCUGGAGCAGCAGGAAAACUGGUGGCUGGGGGAGCUGAAUGGGGUGCAGGAGUAUGUAGCCUUAUAUACCUAUGAAAGCCCAGAGUCAGGAGACCUCACUUUCAACGAAGGAGACACCGUCGUUGUGACGGAAAGAGAAGGGGACUGGUGGAAAGGGUACAUCGGAGACAGGAGUGGAGUCUUCCCCUCCAACUACGUAACGCCAAAGGAAUCUGAAACAUAUAGCACCACUGGAAAGUCAGGUGGAGUCGGCAAAAAGCCAGAGGUUGCCCAAGUGACGACUGCGUACACGGCCACCGGAGCGGAGCAGCUGAGCCUGGCCCCGGGACAGCUUAUCCUCAUCCAGGGCAAGAACCCAUCUGGGUGGUGGCAAGGGGUUCUGCAGGCUAGGGGUAAAAAACGCCAGAACGGAUGGUUCCCCGCCUCCCACGUCAAGCUCUUGGGCCCCACCAGUGGGAAGUCCACACCAGCUCCAGUUCCAAUUUGCCAGGUCAUCACCAUGUACGACUACAAGGCGGGCAACGAGGAUGAGAUGAGCUUCUCCAAAAGUCAACUGAUCAAUGUGCUGAACAAGGACGAUGCUGAUUGGUGGAAAGGGGAGCUGAAUGGCGUCGUCGGCUUGUUCCCCACCAAUUACGUCAAGAUGACCACGGAGUCCGAUCCCAGUCAACAAUGGUGUGCUGACCUGACCAGCCUGGACACCAUGAGUCCGCAGGAGAGGAAGCGACAGGGUUACAUCCACGAGCUCAUUGAGACGGAGGAGCGAUACAUGGCUGACCUUCAGCUGGUCCUGGAGGUGUUUUACAAGCCCAUGUCUGAGUCGGGACGCCUGACAGAUGUUGAAAUGGCCAUGAUCUUCGUCAACUGGAAGGACCUGAUUAUGUCCAACACCAAACUUCACAAGGCACUGAGGGUGAGGAAGAAAACGGGUGGCGAGAAGAUGCCGGUGCAGAUGAUUGGGGACAUCCUGGCCUCGGAGCUCUCGCACAUGCAGGCCUACAUCCGCUUCUGCAGCUGCCAGCUUAACGGUGCAGCCCUGCUGCAACAAAAGACUGACAAGGAACCCGAGUUCAAGGACUUCCUCAAGAAAAUCGCUACAGAUCACCGGUGUAAAGGUAUGCCACUGUCCAGCUUCCUGCUGAAGCCUAUGCAGAGAAUCACCCGCUAUCCACUCAUCAUAAAGAACGUUCUCGAGAACACUCCAGAGAAUCACUUGGACCAUGGACACUUGCGGGAGGCUCUGGACAGGGCCGAGGAGCUCUGUCUGCAGGUCAACGAGGGGGUCCGGGAGAAGGAGAACUCCGACAGGUUAGAGUGGAUUCAGAGCCAUGUCCAGUGUGAAGGCAUCACUGAGAACUUGAUAUUCAACUCCUUGACCAACUGCCUGGGUCCCCGAAAGCUGCUACACAGCGGCAAGGUCUAUAAAACUAAGAGCAACAAGGAGUUAUACACCUUCCUCUUCAAUGACUUCCUGCUGCUCACCCAAGCAGUGAAGCAGUUCACCUCAUCAGGGACGGAUAAGCUCUUCAGUCCCAAGUGCAACAUGCAGUUCAAGAUGUACAAGAACCCCGUGUUUCUAAAUGAAGUUCUGGUGAAGAUGCCCUCCGAUCCGUCUAGCGAUGAGCCAAUCUUCCACAUCUCCCACAUCGACCGUGUUUAUACUCUCAGGACAGAGAACAUCAAUGAGACUGCCUGGGCGCAGAAAAUCAAAGCUGCUUCAGAACAUUUCAUAGAGACUGAGAAGAAGAAGCGAGAGAAAGCUUACCAAGCUCGUUCCCUGAAAACCAGUGGCAUUGGCCGCCUGCUGGUCACUAUUUUGGAGGCCACAGAGCUCAAGCCCUGCAAGCCCAAUGGAAAGAGUAAUCCAUAUUGCGAGGUGACCAUGGGGGCACAGUGUUUCACCUCCCGGACAAUAAAUGACACAAUCAACCCCAAGUGGAACUUCAACUGUCAGUUCUUCAUUAAGGACCUGUACCAGGAUGUUCUAUGUGUCACCAUCUUCAAGAGGGACCAGUUCUCUCCCGAUGACUUCCUGGGCCGCACUGAAGUUCCUGUGGCCACCAUCAAGAAGGAGCUGGAAAACAAGGGAGCAGCGACAAGGCGCCUGCUGCUGCACGAGGUGCCGACAGGCGAGGUGUGGGUGCGCCUGGACCUGCAGCUGUUCGACCAAAAAUCUCUCAAAUGAGGCGACGCGGAUUGGUGCCAUGCCAUACGCCCCC